AUGCUCAAGGGAUACGAUCUGCUGGUAUUGGCAGGCGGAAUGAUAAGCGCGAACUCGGAGGCGAUCAGUGGGCUCAAUUCCAAGUACUUGAGCAGCGUGUCUGCAGCACUUACAGUCGUGACGUGUGACCCUCAGGCGACUUCGGUGGAGCUGUAUAUCCGAGCAAGAAGAACUUGA